GACAUGUGCAUGGUGAGGCGCACCUGCUUCAAUUCUUGAGCUCUCCGAGUUACUGGCAGCGUGCAAGGGGAGCUGUAAAGUCACGGAGGGGCAGUGACGAAGUUGCACUGGCUAGGCCUAGAACUCAUUUCUGUGCAAGGGGAGCUGUAAAGUCACGGAGGGGCAGUGACGAAGUUGCACUGGCUAGGCCUAGAACUCAUUUCGUGAGCUAAGGCGUAGUCAUUCCUGACCCCUUGGACCGGCCAUUUUGCUGUCAUGUCGGGUAAGAACGACAGUAUCCGCCGAUCGCUCCUUCCCUGGAUUGGAUGUAACUACUCUCCUCUUACGAACCAUUUUAUUAGGUUGUUUUAUGUUAAUCAUUGCGGGUUCCCCUAUUUCCCACGUGUGACUGCAGAUCCGAGGGUUACCCGCCCGCGGGAUACCCUCCACCUGCGGGGUACCCCGGCGCUCCUCCCGCCGGUUACCCGCCACCCGCGGGGUAUCCCCCGCAGGGUUAUCCGCCUCCCGCUGGGUAUCCCCCUCAAGGAUACCCUCCUGCGGUUAUCCAGGGAAGCCUGAAUUAAUCUAUGAUUGUAUGGCCACCGGUAUCCACGGGCACCGUGGGUUGCGCCGUGGCUCACGCGGAGCGCAAAAGAAGAAUCUAAGCUUUA